UGUGGCCUUAUCAUUGAUAGCCACCAAGGAUCUCUCUAUCAAUGGAAAUAGUGAGUUGUUUGUUUAGCAAGCAUGUCUUCAUAUUUGUGAAUCAAUGAGAGACUUAAAUAUGAAGUUAAUUUUUAAUCAAUAUUCUCAUUUGAAGUAUUAAAAAAGAUUUUGAGAGACAAGCAUGAGAAUUGGUGGCAUGGAAACUCCAACUUCUGAAGAUUGGAGCCUUACUACUGCCUUGUCUUCUGAAAGCAGGGAUUUCCUCAUCUUUCCUUCUGGUGAUAAGGUAUGUGUUAAAGAACUGGAAGGAAAGACAAUUGGAUUGUAUUUUGCUGCAAAUUGGUAUGCAAAAUGUGAGUUCUUCAAUCAAGUCCUGGCUAAAGAAUACAUAAAACUGAAAGAACAAGGAUCAGAGUUCGAAAUCGUAUUCAUAUCAUCUGAUGAAGAUAAUUACUGCUUUGAAAUUUUCCAUGGCAAAAUGCCUUGGCCUGCCAUACCAUUCUAUGAUUUACAAUCCAAGAGAGGCCUGACAGAGAAGUUCGACAUCGAAGGCAUUCCCACACUGAUUCUUUUCAGUCCUAAAGGCGAACUUUUGCAAACUGACGGCGUAGAGCUUAUCGAACGCUAUGGAUAUGAAGCGUAUCCAUUCACUUCAGAUAAGAUGGCAGAGCUCGAAGCCGAAGAGAAAGCAAGAUAUGCAUCACAAACUCUAGAGAAACUUCUUGUUUGCAGUGACAGGGACUUUGUAGUAGGACAUAAUCAGCAGGUUCCAGUUUCAGGUUUAGUAGGAAAGACAAUAGGACUGUACUUCUCUGCAUCUUGGUGUGCUCCAUGUUCCAAAUUCACAUCAAAAUUGGUGUCAAUAUAUGAGAGUCUGAGAAGAAAUAAGAAAGACUUUGAAGUAGUGUUUGUUUCAUUAGAUAAAGAACAAGAAGGUUAUGCACAAUGCUUCAAUGAAAUGCCAUGGUUUGCAUUGCCAUUCGAGAAAAAUACAUCGAAAACUCUGUCUCGAUACUUUGACAUUCGAGGAAUUCCCUCACUGAUCAUAGUUGGUCCAGAUGGAAAGACAGUGACUAAGGAUGGAAAGUACCUGAUAAAUUUACAUUCAGAAAUGGCAUUUCCAUUCACUGAAGCUCAAAUGAGGUUCUUGAAAGGAAAAAUGGAUGAAGAAGCUAAGAAAUAUCCUCUUAGUAUUCAGCAUGUUGGUCACCAACAUAUUUUGAAGUUAGUAUCUGAAAAUUCUGGUGGUGGACCAUAUAUAUGUUGUGAGUGUGAACAGCAAGGUUCUGGUUGGGCAUAUCAGUGUCUUGAUUGUGGUUAUGAAGUUCAUCUCAAAUGUGUUGAAGUUGACAAAGAAGUUGAUGGAAAGGAUAAGAAUGGUGAUGAGUUCUGUGUUGUUAGUAGCACUUAGCACUUGAAUGCAUUAUGCAGGAUGAUACAAAGUUCUCUAAAACAGUUAAGGACUGAACCUAAAUAACUGUUGAGGAACUUGGUGAGUGUAGAGUGUUGUUUCUAAAUGGAAUGUCUUGUGUGGCACUUGAGACUGUAUAACUUUGGUAAUCAAAGACAUGUAAAUGUCUUGUUCA